AUGUCCGAGCUCUAUGAGCGCGUCAACUACGAAAAUUACUCGGGCUGUUUUGUGGGGCACUCGAUCCGGCGCUUCCCAGGUCCGUUUCUCGAUACGCUCUUGGCGCGCGAUGACACUAAAGGCGUGGCAUUGCUGCAGCGCUUUGGCCCGAGCCCCGACGACUUUCCCGGACCCCAAAACCAACAAGACGACAAAACACCCGAAAAAGUCCGCCAAGCGGCCAUCCAGGCGGCGACGCUCGAGAACGCAACGCUCGCACUCGACAUGCUCCCAUGGCUUCAGUACCCCGCCCUCUUCGACGAUAUUGCGGGCCGAGGCUUCUUGCCGCUCGUACGCUCGCUCCACGAACGCGGCGUCAACUGCUCGACGGACGCCAUGAACAAGGCGGCGGCCAAUGGCCAUUUGGAGGUCGUUCGCUUUCUCCAUGAGCAUCGAAGCGAGGGCUGCACGACGGUGGCCAUGGACGACGCAGCGACCAACGGCCAUCUCGAGGUCGUGCAGUUUCUUCACGAGAACCGGACCGAAGGCUGCACGCAUCUUGCGCUCAACUUUGCCAUCGUCAAUGGGCGCCUUAAUGUCGUACGGUUUCUCAUCGAGCACCGCACCGAGAGCGCGUGGGAUGGAUGUAUUGGUCGUGCUGCUGGCAACGGCCACCUCGAGGUCCUUCAGUACCUCCACAGUCUCGGCUCGUAUCGUUGGUCCAACUCUACCGUCGAAAGAGCGAGCGCUGGGGGCCAUUUGGAGAUUGUCCAGUUCCUCUUGGCCAACAGAACCGAAGAAAGGGCGUCCGACCUCACUCUUCGAAACGCGUUGACGCACGGGCAUUACGCGACGGCCAAGUACCUCGUCUCACGCGGGUGCACGUGCGCGACGGCAAGUGUGGAUUGGGACUGGAGUACCUUUGGCAAGCCCGAGAUCAUCGAUGUCCUGCGACUCUUCAUGGACCUUGGCGGUCCCUACGAUGCCAAGUGGAUGCGGGAAGCCUGCGCCAAGAACAACGUGCCGCUCGCUCGCUUUCUUGACGAGGUCGCGGGCAACUGCAAUCAUGGCCCGCCGCUCCGAGAUGCCAUGUCGCACAAGGCGUGGGACGCGGUGCGCUACCUUCUUGCCCACUUGACGACAAACGUCUCAGUCGAUGAGCUCAAGCAAGUGCUCAGCUCCGGUCAAUUUGAUAUCGCAACGCUAAUUCUGCGCCGUCAACCACUGAUCGGCAAAAACAAAUAUCUCCUCGGCUGGUUGGCGACCAACCACUACACGGAAGCGACGCGCUACCUCCUCGCUGCCGGCAUUGGCAACCCGCGCAACAAACUCUUGCUGCCGCACUGCAUGCACGCGAUCGACCAUCUCGACAACGUCAGCUUUCUUCUCGAUCUGCUCGCGCUGCCCGACCGCCGCCGCAAGACGACCCUCCAGCUGAUCACACACGAGCUCCUGGACCAAGGACGGCAGGCCAGCCAAACGAUCGCGCUUCCAACCGACGUGGCAGCCCGCGCAUCAACGCUGCUGGAGGCUGGCGCGGUUGUCGACUGGUCGUUGGCUCUUCUGAUUAGCCAUCUCCAUGCGACAGACGCAACAGCCACCACCAAACAACUCAAGAUCAAGGCGGCAUUGAUCGAAGACGCCGAGCUCAAGGCGCUGCUCGAUCGCCUCCUCGUCAGCAAACGCAAGCGCUGA